AUGGAUCGCAAAGAGAAAUGGGACAUUGUGUCUGAAAUACCGAGUCUUCAUGGCAAAGUAGCUAUUGUAACUGGAGCAAACUCUCCGACUGGCAUGGGGUAUAAUGUUGCCCAGCAACUCGCUUUGAAGGGAGCCAAGGUCUAUGUGUCGGCAAGGUCACUGGAAAAGGCCAAUAGCGCAAUCAAGCAAAUGAAAGAAGGCAAUCCCUCGCUAGCUGUUGGGGACUUGCUCCAUCCUCUUGCCCUCGAACUUGGCGACCUUCAAGGCAUCAAUGCAAAAGCGGCAAAGUUCGCAGCGGAGGAGGGGAGAUUGGACAUUUUGGUGAAUAACGCAGCCUUGCUUGCCAGGCCUCUGGACUUGGAUAAGAAUGGAAUCUCGGUGUCUUUCGCGACCAACCACCUCGCCCCUUUUCGGCUGACAACUGCUCUUCUUCCACUCCUCAAGAAGACAGCAGCGAAGUACCCAGGAGUUCGCAUUGUGAAUGUUGGCUCUGAUGUGCAUCUCAAACUCCCGCCGGGCGUUCAGCUCAACAAUAUUGCCGAUUUCAAUCAAUCCUUUGGAAGCGCCGAUAGUCCCGAGAGCAACCUGUUUCGCUAUGCGUUAUCCAAACUGGCAAACCAUCUUUUCAGUGCUGAACUCCAGCGGCGACUAGAUGCAGAGAAUGUACCUAUCGUUACUGUUGGCCUGCAUCCCGGUUAUGUUUUGACUGACGGUGCGAACAGGCAUAUUGAUAAGUACCACGCGGAUAUCCGCGAGACUAUCACAUCACGAUCACUUUCGCCACUGGACGGUGCGCUGACUACCAUCUUUGCUGCGGCCCAUCCGGAAGUGUGGGAGAGGAGGAAUUCAUAUGGUGGUGCUUAUGUUGAGCCAUACGGGCGUAUAGAGCAGCCAAGCGAAGAUGCCAGGGAUCCUGUUCUGGCGGCGAAUUUGUGGAGGUCCAGUGAAGAUGUUUUGCAGCGCAUUGGUGCUUAG